UUAUUUCAGUUUUGUUUGUUGUUUCUUUUCUAAAUUAACAAUAAUAAUUCGUGGCCACGUGUGACACACCUGGCGUCGCUAGGCGCGCGCGCGGGCCUCGGGGCGCCAGGCAGCUCCAUCACGUCGGACGCAAAUAACCAAUUAGUCGGCUCGGAGCCGUUGUUUCCAAGUUCCAAUUACAAGCGCUGCGUGGGCGCCCUGCGCCCCGCGCCCCGCGCCGCUGGCAGAAAUAAAAACUCUGUACUCUGCGCCAUGCCUUACAGGAGAGGGCAUGGAGCGGAGCCCCAGCGCCAUCUCCAUGCCGAGGAACCACAGCUCCAGCGCGCUGGGCGACCUCAACGGGGAGCACAAGAGUAACGUCAACUUUAUGAGGAAGAUUCCCCCCGGGGCGGAGGCGUCCAACAUCCUGGUCGGCGAGGUCGACUUCCUGGACAGGACGAUCGCGGCCUUCGUCCGCCUCAACCAGGCCGCCUUCCUCGGGGACAUCACCGAGGUCCCGGUGCCCACGAGGUUCAUGUUCGUGCUCCUGGGACCCACGGGCGGCAUCGCCAGCUUCCACGAGAUCGGCCGCGCCAUGGCCACGCUCAUGUCGGACGAGGUGUUCCACGAGGUGGCCUACAAGGCGCGCAACCGGAACCACCUCCUGGCCGCCGUGGACGAGUUCCUGGACGCCGUCACCGUCCUGCCCCCCGGCGAGUGGGACCCGAGCAUCCGCAUCGAGCCACCAGCCGCCAUUCCAUCCCAG